UCUGAGCCGUAUCUGCCAGAGCUUCUGGUCCUGCUCCGGCUGCCCUCACCCAGCAGGAAGAUGAAGACCUCUGCAGCUCUUUUUGCUCUUCUCCUCAUUUCAGCCUCUUGCUCCCAAACCUUCUCUGGCCCAGUGGGAUCCGACCUCCCUAUCUGCUGCUUCUCUUACACACACCACAAGCUCCCGCGGAAGCUCAUCCUGCGUUACUACGUCACCAGCACCAGCUGCACCCUGCCGGCCAUCGUGUUCAUCACAAAGAAAGGCCGCCAGGUCUGUGCCAAUCCCAGUGACGCCUGGGUUCGAAGCUACCUGCAGAACUUGAAGCAGAACUGA